AUGCGUCUGAAAAGCACCCCUUUGUCGUGCGCGUUUGCGUGGGCCCCCAGUCAUCUCGGAACCCCAACAUUUCUUGCGGCGGCGUCUUUGGCCGGUGCGAUGGACGAGGAAUUCAGCAACGAGGCAUUUUUAGAGAUUCGUCUUGUGGAUGUUACACAGACGGAUGAGACGGAGAUGCCAGUGGUGGCUCGCACUUUUAUCCCUGAGCGGGUCUUUCGUGUUGAUUGGUGUUCAUUUGGAAGUGCUUGCGGAAUGAUUGCUGUGGCGUGUUGCAAUGGUGCUGUUUACGUGUACGAUGCGAGCGUUAUGAUGAAGAAUUAUCAACUGAACCCUCACUCUAACACAGAGGAGCCGCUUCUUUGCGCCAUUACUGAGCAUCGCGGUGCAGUGCGAGGAUGCCAGUUUAAUCCGUCUCAGCCCAAUUUUCUUGCAAUCGGUGCAGAAGAUGGUAAGUGGGACGUCUGGACACUGGAAGAUCCGAGGGAUCCGCAGCAAGUUCCCGUCAUGUCGGAUGCGGCACACACGGCUGCCAUCGUACAUCUCCAGUGGCAUCCGAAGUACCCGCAUAUUAUUGCCACUGCCUCCUCUAAUUGCGUUGUGAAUGUAUGGAACUUAAAGUCCCAGACUUUGGCUGUGUCUUUAAAUGUUUCAAAAGGAGGGAAGUCUGGAGCAUCUGCGAACGCCAUUGCAUGGCAUCCUGUGGUUGCAACACAGAUUGCCGUUGCAAUGGACGAGAAGGAUUCAGCCAUUCAGAUAUGGGACUUGAAAAAGUCUAUGGUGCCUUUGCGUGAGAUGCGAGGUCACGAAAGCGCCGUUACAGGUUUGGCAUGGAAUCCCGGAGACGCGUCUAUGAUGGCAUCCUGCUCGGCUGAUGGCAAAACCAUUUGGUGGGAUCCUUCGACGGGUGAAAAAAGUGGCGCGCUGCAGCAAGAAAACAGCUACGUGAUUGAUGUUCAGUGGUCACCAGUGCUCCCAGCUGUGUUGGCCACAUCAUCUUUUGAACCCCUGCUUUGUGUGUCAACAGCCGAGGAUGUUUCCACCGCUGCUUCUGCGGGUGGACCAGUGCCAAAGUGGCUUAAAAGGCCAUGUGGUGCGUCGAUCAGCCUGGGUGGUUUUGUUGCCUCCCUUGUACCCAACUCAACGACGAAAGUGGGCCUCACUUGUGUCCUUGGGAAAUCCGCUAUGAGUCCAGCGACGUCACAGGAUCUCGCAUUUCGUGACACACUAAGAAAAAUCCCUCGUGACUCGGAAGAGCGGGUAAAAUGGCUGAGGGAACAAAAUUACAGUCUACUGGCGGCCGCAGCGGCUUGCAAAGAUGACCGCACUCCCAUUCUUGCCUACCUCAAUGAAGAGACGUCAACUCACGAUGAGGGAGAAGACCCGUUUGAAACCAUGGAGGCAUCGCAGAAAUCGUUUGAAGAUGUUGCAGCUGCUCACAUUGCGGCAGGUCGCAUACGUGAGGCGGUGGAAGUGUGCCUUGACAGUUGCCGUUUUGACGAUGCCUUUGUGAUUGCCUACCUCCAGGGCGGGACGUUGCUUCAGCGAGUUCAGCAGGAGUACGCGCAUUACACCUUGACUCAGUCCCGUCAAAAAAGACAUGUGGUGUAUGCGGCAGCGAUCGCUUCGGGGGACUUUGGCUCAUUAACAGAAUCCGAAAAUGUGCCUUGGAAGGAAGCACUUUCUGUGAUCAUUUCGUUUGUGGGCGAUGGCUUCUCAGAUGCGUGUGAUAGGUUGGGGGAGGCGUUGAAGAAGAAGGGCAACAGGGAGGGGGCCAUGACGUGUUUUGUCUGCAGUGGUAAUGUGGAUGCCGUGAUGCAGCUCUGGCGUGAGGAUAACACAUCUCUGGGGCGAAUAAUGCGUGAUGCUCUUCUUCUUGAGGAGGUCACGGGACGACGUGUGACUUCGGCUUUUUUUUCCGAUUGCCUGUACGAAUAUGGCAUGAAACUUGUGGGGGAGGGGGUGUUGACGGAAGGGGUGCCGAUUCUGCAACGCUCGGCGAGCAUUGGCAAUCACAGCGCGGCAGUUAUGGUUGACCGCCUGAAGUUUCAUGUGCCUGUCGGACAAGUUGUGUUUCCCUUCGCCAUGAUGCCGCUUUCGGACUCUCCGAGCCCGUCAUGUGCAACCUUCAUAACACAACAGCAACAGCAGUUGCGGGCACAGCCACAGCCACAGCCACAACAACAACAGCAGCCACAAUCACAACAACGAUUUCCCAUGCCUGGUCAAUAUCAACAGCCUCCAAAGCCAUUGCAGCAACCACCAAUGCCCGGGCACCACCACCAGCAACAACAACAACAACAGCUGCCGCCUUCGUUGCCGCAACAGCAACAACAACCCAUGCAAUCUCCAAAUUUUUAUUUACAACAACAACAACAACCACAAUCGCAGGGUAUUACGGCGACUCGUUCGGUUGGAGCUACAAUGCCCCAAGGCCCAACCGAGGCAGCUCCCCAACCUCGACUUAUGCCUCACCCCAUUUCCUCGUAUUCGUCAAUGAAGCAAGGUGCUCCUGUGUCUUCCGGAUCCCCACUGGCGAUGGCUUCUGCUGGGUACAGCAAUGGCAUGCCAUCGGCACCACCUCGCCAGCAACCACAGUUUGCACCACAAGGCGGUUAUGCCGCACCACAGCAAAACUAUGUUGAUCCCAGCAGACCAUUGCCGCCACCACCUCUGCCCUCUGGUUUACGAGGAGCUUCCGUGCCCGGGGGACAAGCAUUAGCACGGCCCACUCAACUCGCUGGAAUUCAGCAAAUGCAGCAACCUAUGUCGUCACAAGGAACCGGUGUUGCACCGCCGCCCCCUCCACCUCCACAUCCUGGCGCACCAGUAGUCCCCCCCCAACAAGCUGGAGGAUUUGUCGGAUCUUCUCACCCUCUUCCGCGUGUGUCUGCAAACGCCAGCACGUAUUCUUCAGGGGUGAAUGACGAUACAUCAGUCGGCAAUAUAAAUUCCCAAGGAGCCAUCUCAUCGCUUUAUGGGAAUCCCUCCGCAUCGACGGUACCAUUAGCACCAUCUACGAACGCAGCUGCUUCAGUGACGGCGCCUCCGCCAAUAAGACCUAUGAUGCCAGUUCCUGGCAAUCCGCCCUUUGGUGUGACGACCAGAGAGGAUUCAAUGGGUGGCUCAUUGACAAAUUCUUAUGGUAUUGGGAAUGCAACUUACCAGGCGUCUCUGACGCCGUUAGAAAACAAGGUGUUGCAUCAGAAUAAUAUGUCUUGGCCUCCGAAAGCUGCCGUGACGCCUUCUACCUAUGGACUACAACCGAACGCAAAUAAGUCUUCUAUGCCGUCUCCGUAUGGUAGCAGUGCGGUCCCUUCUGCGAUGGCCUCCCGUGUUCCAGGUAGCGUGCCAUUUACUGCUUCCAGCACUGUUGAUGAUGCCGAUUUGUCGCAUUUUGACAUCACUUCACUUAACCCUUCCUACCACGCACUUGCGCAGAAACUGUGCGCCGAUGUUCAGCAAGUUAGCAAUGCUCAACGUCGGUUGGUGAUUUCAAAAGCGGCAUUAGAGUUGUUCAAGUUGCUUCAGCGAGGUGCACUUUCGCCGGACGUCGUUUUCCUGGUUUCCAACUAUGUGAAUUUGAUGGGAACACCUCUUGCGAAGAAUGCCUGGCGGCAACUUUCCGAUGCUCAUUUCGAUGUGGUACAACCAUUUCUGAAUCUUAAAUUUUUGUCGAACAACGAUGGGGUACCUAAUUAA